AAACAGGAUUCCAACAAAAUUAUUGAAAAAAGCAUGAAAAAGUAGUUAUUAUAAAUUAAUUCUUAUUACUUGUGAGGAUUUAUAAUGUCUUCUGGAAGAUCAAAAUCGUCAAUCCUCGACAAACCGUUGAGUAAAGGAAAAGGCGAAAUUUCAUUAGCUCUCUACGCCCUUCUUUUUUCAGAAAUUGUUCAAUACUGCCAAAACAAAUCACAUUCUAUACAUGAGUUGCAGAAUAAAUUGUCAGAGAUAGGGCAAGAUGUGGGUACAAGACUCUUGGAUUUAUAUUUUGUUAGAGAAAAAAAUAGCAAGAGGGAAAUAAAAUUACUUAACAUGCUAUUAUUUAUUAAAUCUACUCUCUGGAAGGUGUUGUAUGGAAAAGAGGCAGAUAAGUUGGAGCAUGCUAAUGAUGAUGAAAGAACAUACUACAUUAUAGAGAAGGAUGCUCUUGUAAACAAAUUUAUUAGUGUCCCUAAAGAUAAAGGCUCACUUAACUGUGCCUCUUUCAAUGCUGGUAUUAUAGAGGCAGUCUUAACUAAAGGUGGAUUUCCGGCAAAAGUGACAGCUCACUGGCACAAAGGUACAACUUACAUGGUCAAGUUUGAGGACUCUGUUAUAGCAAGGGAUAAAUCUUUGGAUGACCGAUAAAUUUUGUUUCUAGAGUAUUUAGCACUACUUUAGCUAAUUGCCUCUGUGGCUAUAGCCAUGCUAUAGCAGUAUGUCUGAUUACAACAAAAGCCACUAAUUUGUUUUAAUCAAAGUAUGAUGCAUUAUUUGUGGUUCACUCAUAGUUAAGGUCAUUAAUAUUAUAAUUACUAAGUGUAUGUCUGCAAUAAAAUAUUCAG